GAUCAGCUGUAAAAACAACGCAGUAUACCAUUGUUUGCGUGACGAUCCUGAUAUAUCCAGCACUUGACAGAUCAACAUAAAACAUUUCAGACACCACAACGAUCUCUGUCAACUAUAACAAGUUGAGAAAACUUGGUGACUGUCUGAAAAUCCAGCACAGCAUCAGGAAACUCUAAAAGAUGACUGAGCAAAACAAGGUGUUUAAUGAUCCCAUCCACGGGCAUAUGGAGUUACACCCACUUCUGGUCAAAAUCAUUGACACACCUCAGUUCCAGAGACUACGAAACAUCAAGCAGCUUGGAGCGGCCUACCGUGUUUUCCCUGGAGCAUCCCACAACCGCUUUGAACACUCGAUCGGGGUGGCGCACUUAGCAGGAGAACUUGUAAAAGCUCUGAAGACGAGGCAGCCAGAGCUCGACAUCACUGAUGAAGACGUCCUUUGUGUACAGAUUGCUGGACUUUGCCAUGACCUGGGGCAUGGGCCCUUUUCCCAUCUGUAUGAUGGAAAGUUCAUCGCCAAAGCACGUCCAGAAAUGGAGUGGAAG